GUAUCUAAUAUCUAUGAGGUUGUUUCCCGCGGAAUCUGCGUUUCGUGUAAUCGCAAUUGGAGUUGGGAGGAAACGUAGAUAAUUGUAUGUGGUGUAGUGGAAGUGGCAGAAGAGUUGACUAAGUGUGGAAAAUAUUUUAGCAACGUUUAUUUGUUCUUACCAGCAAGAUGACCUGGCAACUCACGGAGGGAGCACUUGCUACAAUAAUGCGUGGCGGCACUGUUGAAGAUCCGGUAAUGCAGAUAUUGGGCAGCAAGAGAAUAGCUGGUGCAGGCUCAAGUGAGAGGUAUCGUCUCCUGGUUUCUGAUGGCUGCCACCUGAACAGCUUUGCCAUGCUUGCAACACAGCUGAAUGACAAGCUGACAUCUGGAGAGCUAUCGGACUACUCUGUGGUUCGAAUGAACCGUCUGAUUACCAGUAUGGUUAACAAUGGAGGAAGGGGGGAAAAACGUGUCAUGAUAAUCCUCGACCUGACGAUACUGGCAAAGGGUACAGAGGUGGGCAUGAAGAUUGGCAAUCCUGUGGCCUUUCCAGAUGGUGGCUCCAGUGCAGCAGCAACGCCUGCUCCCACAAAGCCAGCGGUAGCGUCUCCUGCACAGUCGAGGCCACAGGCAAAUGGCACUAUGGCAUCUGCCCCCACUCAGCUGACACGACCACAAGUGCGAAAUAAUGCUGCUCAACUUUCAUCUCCAGCUGACGGGCACAUCUUCCCAAUUGCAAGUCUCAGCCCAUACCAGAACAAGUGGGUAAUCAAAGCUCGUGUUGUAAAUAAGACACCAAUAAAAACUUGGUCAAAUGCAAGAGGAGAAGGGAAACUGUUUUCAAUGGAAUUGGUGGAUGAAUCUGGGGAGAUACGUGCAACAGCGUUUAAGGAACAGUGUGACAAAUUUUUUGACCUCAUAGAGGUGGAUAGAGUGUAUUUUAUUAGUAGGUGUCAGUUGAAACCAGCAAACAAGAAGUUUACCAGUGUGAAUAAUGAUUACGAAAUGGCGUUUACGGGUGAGACAACUGUUGUACCAUGUCAUGAAGAUGUUACUGAUAUCCCUCACAUUACCUUUAAUUUCGUACCUCUGAACAAGCUCGCUGAAACUGAUCUCACGGCAAUUGUCGAUGUCAUUGGCGUACUAAAGGGAGCUGGUGGCGUUGAGGUUUUCACAGCUAGAACAACAAACAGGGAAAUGAAGAAACGUGAGGUUACCAUUGUUGACCAGAGCAACACUGCGAUGGCACUGACAUUGUGGGGCGAGCAGGCCGAAGAGUUCUCCGAGACACCUGGUGCUGUGCUGGCAGUGAAGGGUGUCAAACAGUCAGACUUUGGUGGUGGGCGGUCGGCAUCAGUUCUGAUGUCGAGCACCCUGCAAGUCAACCCAGACAUACCAGAGGCACACAGGUUGCGUGGCUGGUAUGACAGUGUCGGCCACAGCCAGGAACACGUAAACAUUUCAGCCAAACAGCUGGGAGCGGCAGGCUCUGGAGGUCUGACACCUUGGGCAACUCUGCUGGAGAUCCGGGAUAAGCAGAUGGGCAGCGGAGAGAAAGCAGACUACUGCCAGACAAAGGCCACUAUAACAACAAUUCGCAGUGAGAACUGCAUGUACAUGUCCUGUGCUGGUGAGAACUGCAACAAGAAGGUUAUUGACAUGAAUAAUGGAAUGUACAGGUGUGAGAAAUGCAACAGAGACUACCCUGGCUUUAAGUACAGAUUCCUCAUGUCGGUUUGUAUUGGUGACUGGAGUGGACAGCAGUGGGUGACCUGCUUCCAGGACACAGCCGAGGCUUUGCUGGAUAUGAAGGCAGAUCAGUUUGGUGAAAUAUUCUCUGACAAGGCCCAAGUGCAGGCUAUUGUGAACAACGCAACUUUCAAGUCAUUUGUAUUCAAACUGCGUGUCAAGUUUGAAACAUUCAAUGAUGAGACAAGACUGAAGGUAGUAGUGAUGAAUCUGAGGCCUGUCGAUGUGAGAGAAUACUGUAUGAAGAUGAUAUCAGAGAUCAAGACUGCAAAUGGAAUGUCCUAGUGAAUUAUGUGGACAGUUGGAAAAACUGGGAUAAUGGAAAGUGUGUACUGUUAUAUAUUACGUUGGUAGCUUGAAUGGAACUGGCAUGCAUUGAGUAAUCUUCACUAAGUUUUGUGUAAACCUGUAAUGUAAUUUUAAAUCAGAAAUAAGAGACAUUUCAAAAUGUAAUUUCAUAUUUCUGUAGCAUGUUUAUUUCUCUUCUUACUUAUCUCUCACGACAGAAAGAGUGCCUUUAUUUCAUGGAAGUACGCACUGUUUUCCUGAAAUUUACUGUGUCUCACUGUAUAGUGCCUGGAGCACAUUUUUUUAUAUAUUUUUUUCAUGGUUCUCUGUAUGUCUAUAGUGUUUCAUUCUGUCUACAAUAAAUUUUUUUAUGUAAAA